AUGGAGGAGGAGUUGGUGGAAGUGUUACAGAAAUUCGCCCUCUCAGAGAAGGAAGUUGGGAGUACUCUCCUUGAUUUGGGGGACUUAGAUGAGGGAAUUAUAGAGUGUCAGGGUAGUAUUAUAGGUAAGAUAAGGGGGGAGAAGAUUGCUAACUUCACAGGAGUUAAAAAUUUUGCUACCUUGGCUUGGAGCUACCCUAAAGGUCUUAGAGUAGCUGAGUUAGGACCUAAUGUGUUUCAAUUUACUAUCCCGGAUGCUAAGGAAAGGGAACGAAUCCUUGAAGGAGGUCCCUGGAUUAUAGACAACCAAAUUUUAGUGCUUAGGAAUUGGGAGGUGGGGAUAGAAGAGGAUGAAGAUGCUUUUAGUGUAGCUCCUAUUUGGGUGCAAGUGUGGAACCUACCCAUACACUGUCUGUCUAAGGCAGUAGGAAAGAAAGUGGGAACUAUCUUUCACGAGGUUAAGGAGGUGUUAAUUCCUCAAUCAGGGGGCAAGGAAGGGAAACAUAUGAAACUUCUUGUUCUGAUAGACAUUAAACAGCCUUUGUUGAGAGGAACAACAAUCCAGAUGAAUGGGGUGAAUAAAUGGCUGUCAUUUAAAUAUGAAAGAUGUCCUGACUUCUGCUAUAGCUGUGGUGUCAUUGGGCACAGUGAAAAGAAUUGUAAGUUCCCUGUGGUUGUGAAGAAGGGGCAAUAUCAGAAUCAAUACGGUCCUUGGAUGAGGGUGUUUGGUGGAAGAGGAUCCCCUCAGAAGGAUAGCAGUCAAAAGAUUUGGAUGCCACAUAAACAGGUGUGGAAGGUAAGAAAUGGGAAAAUGAUCAGAUUAGAGGAUCUGGAGAAACAGGAGAAAGGGGUAGGCCUGAAUGAGAAUAUGGAUUUGAGUAGGACAAAGGAAGUUAGGGGAAGAGAGAUCCAGAAUCAUGAGGUGGAGAAGGGUGGCCUCCCUCCUGCAGAUAGGGAGAAGGUUGGUAGGAUAAUACCAAACUGA